AUGCUCAAUAGCGAUUACCUCCGAAGACAUGACGAGGUGGUUAAAUGUGUCCAUCUUCAUAUUUGUCAAAUGUAUGGAAUAAAAAAGAACAGGAAAUUAAAGACUCAUUCAGUUCAGUCGAUAUUGUCAACUCAAAAUGUAGAAAUUAGAGUUGAAACGUCAAUUAUAACAGAAAAUAAAGUCAACUUCAAUAAACCGGAUAUCUUUGUUUAUGACAAAAUUAAAAAGGAAAUAACCUUAAUCGAGGUGGGCAUAACAUCUCAGGACCGCUUAAAACAAGUGGAAGUUGAAAAACUUCACAAAUAUGAUUUCCUUGCAAAUGAACUGUCACUACUUACGAAUGCCAAGUUAAAAUUAUUCCCGUGUUUCUGA